UUUACGUUAUGUUGGUGGUAGCAGCUCCAAACGUGCAAACAUCCCUAAAUGUUCAGUGGUUGUGUUGUUGAUAAAUAAUGUUUGUGUGUGUUUAGGAGCAAGUCAGCAUUUCUAAUUGAAAAUGAAAGAGUUAAUAAGCUAAUUAACCAAUAGAGAGUUUGUGAGUGUGUUACUUAUGCAUGGGAAUAACUAGGAAAUUUAUGUACAGGGCAGUAGAAUCGGUUUUAAUAACGCAAAGUUGAUUCAUGAUGCCACCGAAGAAGAAGCGUGGGGGGCAAAACCGAGUCACUUUCGUAGCAAGUAAAAUGUCAACUAGGUCUGGGAAAAAGACCGAUGCAAAUCCCGAAAACAGCAAAGCAAAUGUUGCCAAAGUGGCAAAACUACCGAAAUUGACCACAAAGGCCGCAGUUAAAAAAGGAAAAGCCGUCCCUAAAGCCAAGAAAGCUGCAACGAAAAAAAAUAAAAUUGAGGUUAGGUCAACAGACUCUGAGCCACUUGAAAUGGAUAAAAACACCGAAGAGGAUUUACCAACAGAACCCAUUGAGCAAGUUUUCCUCAAAAUGGAUGCAAAUUUCAUGGAAACGACUGAACCUGAAGAAACUGACACUUGUGAAAUCAGGGAACAGCUUGAAAGCCUCAAUGUGGAGGAGUCUUGCGAGACAAAAUCAGGAAUUGAAAAUGAAAAUAGCAGUGAAGAAAGUGUGGUGGAAGAAGUGAUAGAGAUUGACGGAUGUGGAGAGUAUGAGUACAUCACUGAAGAAUUUGUCCCUGCUGUGGAAAACGCAGAAGUUAUAAUUAUUGACGAUGAAACUGAGACACAUGAGACUCCAGAGACAAAUAACGAAGUGCAGGAAAAACCGGAAGAAACAAAAACAGAGGAAAACGUUGAAGAAAUGAAGCUUGAUGAGGCAAAACUUGAAGAAUCGGCCCCUGAGACGACAAAUAUUGAAGAAACAAAGAUUGAUGAUAAACAUGAAGAAACAAAGAUCGAAGAUAAACCCGAAGAAAAGAAAGAAGAGUCGUUUCAACUAAUGGAAACCACAGAGGAGACACCUGAAACUGAUAAAGUUGUUCCACAGGAAGUUGACAAAGUUGAAGAACCCAUAAAACCACUUAUUGAGGCCCCAAAACCGAAUAAGAAGGUCCCUAAACCCCGAGAACCUAAGAAGAACCCUCCUAAAAAGAAAGCCAAACCAAAACCGAAGAAAGAACCCAAUGAGGAAGUGAGGCGUUCUAGCAGAAUCAAAUCAAUUAAUGUUUUAAAACAGCGCUCAAAAGGCCACGGUUUAGUCAAAUCAGCCAAAGUGUCUCUUGAAGAAAAUAAAGAAUCACCAACUCUCCAGUCAGACAAGUCUUCAGAAUCUGCUACUCCACUUCCAGUUACUGAAACUGACAACAAACCAGUUAAAGUCAAAUCGAGAUGGAGGAGAUCAAGUGAACUAGAAAUGAACGUUCUUACACCAGCUGCUGUUGUAAUGGAAACUUGCGGAGACAGUGAGAAAAUCGCAGAAGCCAACAAUUUGGAAAAUAAACCAAAACCAACUCAUGACGAAGAAGUAACCACGCGAUUAAAACAGUUUGUGCAUUUGAAGGAAAAUCUGUAUUUGACUGAUCGCAUGUCCUGUAAAGAAGCGAAAAAAAUGACUUGUGAUUGUUUCCUCACGCCGGAGGAGAUGGAAAGAGGCGAAUUGGGCUGUGGGGAGGAUUGUUUAAAUCGGUUGUUAAUGAUAGAAUGUGGGGGUUUAUGUCCGGUUGGAGACAGAUGUACCAAUAAAAAGUUUCAGAAGUCGCAAUUUGCCCCAGUUGAAGUUUUUAAAACUGAGAAGAAGGGACUCGGGUUGAGGGCUGCAGCAAAUAUCCCUUAUGGUGAAUUUAUUUUGGAAUAUGUUGGCGAAGUGUUGGAUCCUGAAGAAUUUGAUAACCGGGCUGACGACUACUCAAAUGAUAAAAACAAACAUUACUACUUCAUGUCAUUGCGAGCUGAUGCUAUAAUAGAUGCAACAAUGAAGGGAAAUAUUUCCCGUUUCAUUAACCACUCCUGUGACCCAAACGCUGAAACGCAAAAAUGGACUGUGAACGGAGAGUUAAGAAUCGGAUUUUUCAGCACUCGUACUAUCUUAGCGGGUGAAGAAAUCACCUUUGAUUAUAGAUUUCAACGUUAUGGGAAAGAGGCGCAGAAAUGUUACUGCGAGUCUUCCCUUUGUCGCGGCUGGUUGGGAGAAGAACCGGAAGAUGAAGAUGACGAGGACGAGGAAGACGAAGAAGAGGAAGAAGCUGAAGAAAUAAAAGACAAAGUCGAGGAAGAUAAACCCGAAACUGAGAAAAUAGACAGUGAAGUAAAAGAGCCCAAGAGUGUUGAAAAAGUUCCAAAACCUCCAGUGAAAGAGAAGAAAAAGCGAUCACCACGGAAAAAACCGCGAAAAGAACUGUUCGAGGAUUUAGAUCAACUGGAUGACGAAAUUGAGAUGUUGGUGACCACAGGAUUGAAGAACCAAGCUCAUACUUUAAAAUUGAGCAGAUUGAUGGUAAGAGCCAAAGAACCUGCUCAACGGGCAAAAUUAUUGAGAGUCUUGAGAAGGGGCGAAUUGCCCUGCAGAAGACUCUUCUUGGAUUAUCACGGGUUGAGACUCAUGCAUGGCUACAUGACCGAUGCUCAAGAUUUGGCAAAGACUGAUAAAAAAUACGAAUCGCUCAGAUUGGAAAUGUUACAAACAUUAGCAACGUUACCAAUCCCCAAUAAAACGAUGCUGCAAGAUAGUAAAGUGUUACCAACUGUUGAAAAAUGGUCCUCUGGGAAAGGAAACGACUUACCGAUGGAUUCUGAUAGCUCGUCACCUCAAACCGAUCAGGACCCAAGUCAAACACCGACAGAUGACCAGAAAAAAGAAGAAAAUCUAGUAAAAGAAAAAGAAGAAAACAAUCUUGUAAAAGAAGAAGAAGUGAAGGAUGUCACAAUGGAGGAGGACGUGGAAAUACGAAAAUCACGAGGAAUGGAGUUUCAAGGAACCUCAGAAAAUGUGGGUUUUACAAAUACACAUGGGAAAGAAUUAGCCGAUGAAAUUUCGAGCAUUUUCCAAGAAGAAGACAUCACCUCGUCUCCAUUACCAACUGAAACUAAAAUUGUGAAACCGGAAGUGAAACCUGAUGAGCCUAACUACCAGGAAGAGAUCACAGCUUUGGCGUUAAAACUGCUAGAAGAGUGGUCCAACUUGAAGGAAGUUUUCAAAAUACCGAAAAAGGAACGAAUCGAACAAAUGAAAGAGCACGAAAGGGAAGCAAAUCGGGGUUACAUAGCCGGUUUGGGUUUAGAACAAGACGCUGAAAAGAAAAGCGAAAGUCGCUAUCGGAUUUUAAAACGAUACAGAUCCAUUGAUAAAGUCGAUAAUACAGUACGCAAAAAUAUCAAAUUGGAAGACAGGACGAUAGCCAACUUCCCCAAAUUAGGUAAAUACGAGAGACGGAAAAUGUUUGCGUUGCAAGUGGAACAGAGAGAGGAGGAAAGACGGCGAAAGCAGAGAGAGAUGUGGAGGCAACAUGAGCAACACUGUAUACUCCUCGGGACCGAUCCCCGUCUAACAGCCCCGUUUGACCCAAACAGGGGGUACCAGUGCAUAUGGAAUCCCCAAAUCGGGCAAUGGCAGAAUUACCCCAUCCAAAACCCCAAUGUUAUUUUCAACCCUCAAAAUCCACCCGUUGUGUCAGGACUGAGCAAUCCCAAUUAUCCCUAUUUGCACGCCCCUGGAAUGAUCCCAAGCAGUGUAAACCCCCUACACACGUUACCCAGUCUUCCAUACCAGGAAGAAGUGACGAAAGAGGAGGAUUACUCGCAGGUGAAAUUCAUGGGACCCAUUCCACCCCCAGUGAAAUUGCCACCGAAAUGGAAAUGUGCCAAAGACAAGUAUGGACGCCCUUAUUAUUAUCACAUCAAAAUCAGGACAAGUCAAUGGGAACCACCCCCAUUUUCGCAACCACAGGAAGACUUAGAUGACACGAGUGAGACGACUUCAAGCUCAGAUACGAGUAGUUUGAGUUCAGAUACAACCUCAGAUGAGUCAGAUAGUGACGAUGAUGUAGACGAUUCGAAAUUGUUGAUGCAAGUGAGAAAGCAGAUGGAAAAACAAGUAAAAAUGACAUUACCUACCCCUAUUAAAAACGAAGAUGAAGAAGCUAGUCCCGUGCAAGAAGAAAAAGAAGACGAACCCAAACUUGAAACUAGUCAAGUUUGUGAGGAAAAUGACGAAGAGACAGCUCAGAUUGAAGAAAGCAAUGAAAAAGAAUCGAAAGACGAAAAAGUGCAGUCUGGUGGUAAGAAAAGGCGAGCUGGACUGGUCCAGGAAAUUAUUAUUAGUCCGAGGACUGAAGAGGAUCGAUUACAAUUCAAAGAAGAUUUGAAACGCUACAAACUAAAUAAAGAAAAGUUGAAACGGGAGAAGGAAAUGAUCGUCCAACAGACGAAAAAACACGUGAAAGAGAAGCGCUCCAAAAGUACUAUAAAAUUAAAAAUGAAAGAAAUGACUGAUUCUAACAGCGAAACUGCCAAGAAAAUUAAAGAGCUUUUCCGGUCUAAUAUGGCGACUGUUGUCGUCAGUGUUCUUAAUGCGUACAGAAAACCGGAUUGUAAAGAAGGGAGAAUUACGAAUACUGAUGAUUUUAAACAUUUAGCUAGAAAAUUGACUCAUUUUGUUAUGUUGAAAGAAAUGAAACAUAUUGAGAAGAUUGAAGAUUUAGUCUGCACUGAAAAUGUUAAAGCAAAAGCGAAGGAAUAUAUUCGGAAAUACAUGAGUAAGUUUGGAGAAAAUUAUCAGAAGCGCAAUGAUGAGCCGGAUUAUUGAUUUGAUCACUUUUUUUUGUAUUUGUCUGUGAUAAAAAUCAUUUCAUUUUUCAAUUGUGCGAGACGCAAAUAAUGUGUGAAUAAUAAUUUAUAAUAAAGUAGGUGAAUACGUUUAUUAUC